UCGCCUUUGACUCAGUUUCAUCUGCAGCUUGGAGGCACAGAUGACCAAACCCUGACUCGUUCUCUAUUUAAGUGUGCCGUCACGCUGAAGGACGCCACACAACCUGAAGGAUGUUCACCAACGCUACUCUCUCGAACUGGGACUCAUGGGAUUCUCUUAUAUAUGUUUCAGAAGCUGCUCUGUCCAGCCAUGCAGGACCUGAUGUUGCAUCCCCAGAAAACAUGCAGUCACUGACCGUUACCAUCCUGAGGGGAAAGGAUGGUUUUGGCUUUACCAUCUGCUCGGACUCACCUGUUCGUGUGCAGGCUGUGGAUCCAGGUGGUCCGGCUCACCAGGCGGGUCUGCAGCAGAUGGAUACAGUGCUACAGCUAAAUGGCCAACCAGUAGAGCAUUGGAAGUGUGUAGACCUGGCCCAUGCCAUCAGAAACUGCCGAAAUGAGAUCACUGUGGUGGUAUGGAGGACAGUGCCAGUCAUGAAGCCCUACUACGAAGGCCUGAUUCACAGACCCUCGUACAAACCUUCAGGCUUCGACAGUCUGUCUCCCACCACCAAGACACAAAACAGAACCCCACCCCUGCUGUCUCGCCCCUCUAACCACAAACUGGGACGCCGCAAGAAGGCGAGCAGCACAGAGGUCACAGGAAAUGGAAAUGGAACGGCGGAGCUGGCGUGGUCGUGGACGGCGAAACGGGAAGAAAACGACUACAAAACACGCACACAGACUCUCAAAGGCACUCGUGUGACCUCAUCGAGCGGAGACAACUAUAUAAUUUUGUCUCCGGUCAAUCCGGGAAACCAGAUAUUACAGCCUGUUUAUCCAGACAGCAAUGGAACAAUAGGAACUCUUGGGAGAAUUUAUCAGACUCACUCCUCCAGAGGCAUCCAACAAAAUGCGACUUACCUUCAGGAGACUACAAUGGAGCCACGGGCCACAUUACGCAGGUCUCUGAGCAAUAAAACGGCCACUCUUCCACCCUCAGCAUACAGACAGAGCUUUGCUAACUACCAGAACUGCACUAUCGUCCAGUCACACGUCCCCCACAAUAGCUACGGCACCUACGUCAGCCUGGCCCCCAAGAUCCUCAUAUUUCCUGUUUUUGUCCAGCCACUGGAUUUGUGCAGUCCGGAAAGAGCUCUGCUGUUAUCUGAGGAAAUGAUUCUUCAUGACAGCACAAACAUGCCCCUUAAGGCCACAGUGUUCAUCUACACAGACCUAAUGUUACUGACCAGAGAGGACGAACCAGGCCGAUGUAACGUGCUGCAGAGUCCUCUCUACCUUCAUCAAAUCCAGAUCCAAGAUGUUCCUGCAGAUAAACUGCGGCUGUAUGUUUCAUACAAAAUCGAGAGAACCGAGUGUCUGUUCAGUCUGGAGGCCUUUUCAGCCGAGCAGAAGAGAAGAGUGUACCAAUGUUUGAGAGACAAUAUCAACAAGCAGCUCAGUCUCAGUGAUAGAAUGGGCCACGAUCAGAUGCUGGAGCCAAAGACUGGGGAUCCGGCUGAUCUAGGGCUGCUGGGCUUUGGCACACACAGCGUCUCAGAACCAUGCUCUCCAUCCCAGCCCACAGUGCCCACCUUCUCUGGCCUCACCAGAAUCAGAACCAGCGUCCCCUCUGGAUGUGCCUCAUGCCCCACUGAAUGUGUCCAAACCUCUCCCACUUCAGGAGACAUCUCUAAAUCUGCACACGUGAAGCAUGAAGCUAUCUGGAAGGAGAGCAGGAAGGAGCCGAAGCGAGCUGAGCGAGAGCCAGAGUUUGAGAGGAGAGAGCAGGGUGAGGGUGAAAGUGCCAGGCCCCCAUCUUCAUCCUCCUCAUCCUCUCCUCUCGUCAUUCCUAAACUGUGCCUGGACCGCUCCUACAAUCCAGACGUUCUGACUUCACCAUCCACUGAUGAUGAUGAGGAAGACAUUGAGGAGGAAGAGGACGACGAUGAAGACGAGGACAGUGAUGAAGGCUAUCUGAAGCGAAGGAGCCUGGUGGAGAUGUCUCCCGGCAGGGGCAAGCAGAUCACUAGGCUCUCUGUACAACGCUCAUUGCACAGGCGCACCCACAGCGAGGGCAGUCUUCUACAGGAACUGCGUUCACCUCGCUUCAUCUCUGACCAGGCCAUACACUGCAUGGAAAAUGACACAGACGCACAGCAGCGCUGGACUGUCCCCUCACCACAGACCCUGAGAAAAGAGCUCACCAAGAACAGAGGAUCCGUUCAUCAUAUCUGCCUCCUGUUUACUGGCAAGCGGGUCUGCGGUCAGCCAAACUGCAAAUGUCAAGUGGGUAAAAGUGCCAUGAACAAGAAGAAAUCAAAAAAUCUAGCGAGAGACAUGAAAAGUCGACUGACUUUUCUCCGGAAAAAGAACGACAAACCUGGAAGCAAUUUAGCCGACAAGCUUGAGAAAUUCCUCAAAUCAGACAAGCCCUCUCAGGAGGAAGCUCUCAAAUGGGGAGAAUCUUUUGACCUGCUGCUUUCUCACAAAUAUGGACUGGCCGUGUUCCGCUCUUUCCUGCAAACAGAAUUCAGUGAGGAGAAUUUAGAUUUCUGGCUGGCCUGCGAAGACUACAAGAAAAUAAAGUCACUAUCCAAGAUGACUUCAAGAGCCAAAAAGAUAUACGAAGAGUACAUCUCCAUCCAAUCAUCUAAAGAGGUUAAUCUGGACUCAUACUCCAGGGAACAGACCAAGGGGAACAUGGAGAACAUCAGCACUGACUGCUUUAAUUUGGCCCAGAGCAGGAUUUAUGGACUUAUGGAAAAGGAUUCGUACCAUCGCUUUCUUCGAUCAGACCUCUACCUGGAUUUAACCCACCAAAAGAGGCCCAGUGCUACCACGGAGUUCUGUUAAGCCUGCUCUGUUUGGACUGUCAACAUUACUGAAGCUGUCAGGAUGUAGAGCACAGCUGUAUAUCACAUGGAUGAUGUCAGACUGUACAUGAUAAUCAGACUCCAAACGAUCUACAGCGCUGUUCUGAUUUGGGGAAAACUCCUUAGAUGGGCCAUAGGAGGUUGUUUUGGUGCAAUGCUGCCCCCUGUUGGUUGGUAAAAUGGGUCUAAAGUGUUGGUUAAUAUGCUGUGGACCUUAAAAUGUGCAAAAGGUAAAUGCAUGUUGGGUAAGAAAGCCUGGAAGGAGGCCUGGUACUUUGUAGUUGUAAUUUGCCUUGAUCAGUUGUUGCUGCUGUCCUUCCCUGAGACCAAGGUACACCUGAGGGUUGAAACAGCAACAAACCUAAUAAGUCAUUUUUAUUAAAGAAUGCCAGUUUACACCCAAAGAAACUGCCUUCUUAAUAUCAACACCCAUGUUUCUGAGAGAUCUGUGUUGAAAUGGGACAUUAUUGUACCUGGUGAAACAAGAUCCACAGGUUAACCAGGACUCCAACACAC